AUGGCGGUUAGAAACAGUGCUGUGUUAGGAUGUUUAACAGUUUUAGCAGGCAUAUGCAGUGCUCGAAUGAACGUUUUGUUCCUCAUGGCUGACGACUUACGACCACAGCUUAGUUCGUAUUAUGGAUCAAACUUUCCGUCUCACAUUCAUCCAAGGAUGCAUACACCAAAUUUAAACUCACUCGCCUCGAGAAGUCUUCUUCUCAAACGUGCGUAUGUUCAGCAAGCAAUAUGUUCACCGAGCAGGGCGUCGAUGCUGACUGGUCGCCGGCCAGAUACUACGCACGUUUACAACUUAGAAUCUUACUUCAGAAAUGUCGGAGGAGAUUUUACAACCCUACCGGAAUAUUUUAAACUUCAUGGAUAUAGAUCGAUGGGAAUGGGAAAGAUAUACCAUGGCACUAAGGAAUCUGGCGGUAAAGACGUGCAAUCAUGGUCAGAACCAUAUUUUUAUGGACACAACUAUGUGACGGGUAACCGUAGUUGGCAGGCAAUUCCUGACCACGAACUUCAAGACAAACCACUUCUAGAUAAACAAGUUGCUGACCAUGCCAUAAAAGCGCUACGUCAAUUUGCACCGAAGGCUAAAACCGGAGAGAAAAAUUUCUUCCUCGCAGUUGGAUUCCGCAGACCACAUUUACCUUUUGUAUUUCCAGCAUCCAUUAUGCAUAAAUACUACCCGAGAAAUUCGAUACACCUGCCUUCUAAUCCAUAUGCGCCUGCUAAUAUGCCAAACAUAGCGUGGUCUAAAUACAAUGAGAUCAGAGAACAAUAUGCUGAUAUAGCAGCAUUAAAAGCCAGUGGCAACAUCAAUACAACUCUACCAGAUAAUAUCACUCUGGAUCUAAGACGUGCGUACUACAGUGCUGUAACAUGGGUUGACUCCCUGGUAGGCGAGGUAAUCGCCGAACUCGAUCGCCUCGGUCUGUCUAAUAAUACGGUCGUGUCCUUUGUUGGGGAUCAUGGCUAUCAAUUAGGCGAACACGGAGAAUGGUGCAAACAUACAAAUUUUGAAAUCGCUACGCAUGCGCCUAUGAUGAUACGCAUUCCAGGAAUGACUGAUCAUGGUAUAACAACCACGCAGCUGACCGAGUUUGUAGAUUUGUAUCCCACGAUCGUUGAGGCAGCAGGUCUUGGAUCUUUACCUCUUUGUCCAGAAAAUUCGGCGCACGUUAAAGUUUGCCGCGAAGGAGCAAGUCUUAUACCCCUUAUAAAACAUCCACAUGUUACGAUUAAGAAAGCAGCGUUCUCUCAAUAUCCUCGAGGAAAACACAUCAUGGGAUAUUCAGUUCGUAACUAUCGGUAUCGCUACACAGAAUGGGUGGACUUCACUUAUGCUCCUGUAUACAAACCCAACUGGAAUAACGUAUCUGGAGUAGAACUGUAUGAUCAUGAGGUAGACCCUGACGAAAACUACAACGGAGCUGACGAUGCUAAAUACCAACAAGUGAGAGCCCAUCUGAGUGAUCUACUUCACAAGGGAUGGAGACAACAUCAUGGAGGGACAGGUUCAGUAAUUGUUGGAAAGCGGGCAUAA